AUGACUAGCAGCAAUCGUUCAUCGUAUAUUCGUGUCGAAGAUCAAAAUCAAUCAGCAUUAAAUGAACUUUUUUCAGUUGUGAAUAAUCCAACACAAUAUCGUGCACAACUCUUAUCAAAACCAUUUCGUGAUCGUGGUUUACCCGAAUCAUUUUUUCAACCACCAUCAUCAUCACCAAAUAAUAGUCUAUCUAAAUCUGCUGCAACAUCAUCUAAUUCCAUAAGCAAUGAACAACAACAACAACAACAACAAACUGUGCAUCGUCAACAUGCGAAAAAUCAACUUAGUUUACCAAAUAUUCCAUCACAAUCAACUACUCUAUUACGUACAAUUAUAAAUAAUAAUCAUGUACAAGGACAUUUAAGAACUGUUAGUGAUACAGCUGUACUCGAUGGACAAGGUACAACAAUGGCAUCAACAAAUUCAACAUUAUCACAAAUUAAUUCUCAAGUAUCACUACUUCCUUUACCUGAGGGUUGGGAAGAGAGGCAAACACCUGAUGGACAAAGUUAUUAUAUUGAUCAUAUAACUCAAUGUACAACAUGGAUUGAUCCACGACCCAAUCAUUAUGCAGCAUUUCAAUCAUUUUGUACCACACUUCCAUUACCCGAUGGUUAUGAACAAUCGCGUGAUGCACGAGGCAAUAUUUAUUUUAUUGAUCAUAAUCUAAAACAAACUUGUUGGGAUGAUCCACGACCAAAAUAUUAUCGUUCUAUGAUGACUAAACGUCUUGAUAUACCAAUUCCACCAACAUCAAUACCUAUUCCACAAUCAUCAACAUCACCUAUUCCAACAGCAUCAUCAUCAUCAUCUCCAUUUCAUCAACAAAGACUAUCAUCAUCAACACUUUCACCAACAACAAGUAUGGCUCAAUUAACAACAAAUUCUCCACCAGUUAUUACACAACAACACGAUCCAUUGAAAAAUAAACUUUCAGAAAUUUUAAAUGAACAACGUCUUUUACAACAACGUAAAGAACAAUUAGAACAAAUGGAAGCUGAUGUACGAAAAAUGCUCAGUCAAAAUCCAAAUGCGAAUAAUGUACCACCUGAUCAAGCGACAAUUGAUGCAUUAAUUGAAGAUUAUUUCCAUCAUAAACGGCAAAAUAGUGAAGAUAGUGGAGUUGGUGAAGGUCGUAAUAGUAUCAAUCGAACACCAGAUGCAUUAAGUUCAAUGGAUUGUAUUGAUGAUCCACUUUUUUCUAAUCAAGCAGAUUACGCUACAUUUCCAGUGGAAAUGGAUCUUCCGGUGCAGGAUCCUCGUCCAAUAACAAUUUUGGGCGAUUCACAACUUAACAUUAAAUCAGUCAAACAAAAUCAUCAAUGGUUUUAUAAUAAUACAAAUAUUUGA